GCAAAUCGCAAGUUAUGUCGAUCAAUUACCGAUGAGAACCGAGUUGUGUUAGAAGCCAAGAUAAUUUUGUAAUUUCGCAAUAAACAAAAUUAAAAGGCAUUUUUUAGUAACAAUUUAAAAAUGUCAAUUUGACAUUUAGAAGUAAAGUGAUGAUCACCUGAUGGAUUUAUUAACAGUACUCAUGUUGUCUUCAAAUCAAUGGCUAUAUUUGAGCAAGAAAGACCCAAGAAAGUAUUACUAGAUGAUACUGAAGGUUUAUCAUGUGUAAUUGAAAAUUGGAUAACAGUGGAUGGUCACACUGAAUACAUAAUUCGUGUUCAUAGAGGCCCUUUUUCUCGAAAAACUUGGCGGAUACACAAGCGUUACAAUGACUUUGUCGAACUUCACUCGCACUUGCAGACAUCGGGCAUUCCUCUCUCUUUACCCCCAAAGAAACUUAUCGGUAACCGGGAUCCCGAAUUCAUUUCAGAACGCCAACAAGGAUUACAAAAAUAUCUAAACAGCGUACUAAUGAAUCCAAUUUUGGUGUCUUCUCUACCAGCGAGAUCGUUUGUCGACCCUGCCAACUAUUGUCAACCAUUUAGCGAAUUAGCACUUCAACACGUAUCUCUAGCACUUCGUGGUGAGGUCGGUUGGGAGGUUGUCGGACCUUUAUCUGAAAUAGGAUGGAGAUUACGCAAACAUUUUUAUCAAGUUAGAUGUAAAACAUUACCAAAAGAUGAGCUAAUUGCUAGUUGGACUGAUUACGGUCCUGAUAAGUACUUGCAAGAUAAAGAUAUACAAGCGGUGUUUAAAUGCAUUACGCAGAUGCAGCAUCCGUUUAUAUAUCCAAUUGAGUUAUGUCUAUGCACAGAUACAGGGGGCCUUGUAGUACGUAGUAGUAACAGUAACGGUUCGUUAAGAGAUGCUAUAUGCGGUGCCAAACCUAGGCUGUCGUUCUUGAAAAAGUAUGGCAAUCCUAAAGGACAUAAACCGUUAAACUGUAGUCAAAUUGCACUGUAUGGUAAACAGAUUUUAGAAGCUUUAAAAUUUUUAAAAGAUAAGGGGUUGUUUUAUGGGCAUCUGCAUAGCGGUAACGUAAUUAUAGAAAACGAUAGGGUAAGAUUAUUAGAUAUUGAGAAUGGAAUCCUCGGGGUACCUUCUUUUUAUCGGCCAUACUUCAUGCAACACAAACGGAUCGGCAAUAUGGAGGCGAUCGACAUAUAUUGUUUUGGUCAUACAUUGUAUGAGAUGACCUUCGGUGCUCCCCUUCAAGAAAGUACAGUCGACAGUUUCCCUUCUGAGUGCUCACCACUAUUACGAUCAGUAUUAGAGUCAAUUUUAUCAUCGGAAAGUUGUAAAAAUGGUUUACCAACUGUCGAUAAUUUACUGCAACAUUCGUUUUUCGCACCAGUUGCUCUUCAAUUAUCUCCAAAUGAUAAAAUGCAACUCAAAAUACCAACGUCCGUUAAAGAGCAAUUAAAAUUAGCUCAAGGAUUAUUGGAAGAUCGAUUGAAGGAGGAGCAAAAGUUGGUACGCAGUCAGAAGCGACUUGUUAGGGUGCAGGAGAUGAUGAGCUCUGAGGAGGAAAAGAAAAAGCAGCGGCACAAAAAGAAACAAGAACAAAAAUUGGCAAAAGAACAGCUUCUAAAAGAAAAAAGUGAACAUAAGGAGGUCACAAAUGGGGAGGCGGGAGAUAGUGCUACAAGCACUAGUACCACCGCAUCGAUUGGUACUAGCACACCUCCUUCAAUGUCAGGAUCGUCGGCUGCUCCAUGUCCGCCACCUCCGCCACCGCCACCUGCACCUUUAUUAACAAAUGGCGAUUCGACGCCAAAGGAGGAUAAAAAUCGAAAUGCCCUUUUAGGUGCAAUCUGUAAUUUUAACAAAUCGAAUUUACGGAAAACCACCAGCCAUAAUACUUAGUUGGCUUUAAUUUUUGUACAUACUAAUUAAAUGACUUCCUUUCUUUGUAAAGUUUCACUCAAAUUAGUGUGUACAUUUUUCGUACCAAAUUGUUAUAGCGAACCCAUUUUUAUAAGUAACAAGUUGACCAAUGCAAUAUAGCAUUUAUAUACUGCAUAAUCCGAUAUUGUAUUGCGUAUUGUGAUAGUAUCUGUAUGUAACAGAAUUGCUGUAGAAGUUAGGUCCACUAGUAAUAACAUACCAAACUUAAAACUAAUUUCAUUUUUGAAUUCUUUAGACUCGUAUAAUAUAAGUAUACUUUUACAAUAUUUAAUCUGCAUUCAACUUAUUUAGGUAUUGACGGGAUGUAAGGUUUUGGGACAUAUCAGAAAACCGUUCUAUCAUUCAUCUCAAAAUUUUUAUCAUUAGAGUUUUCUUCAGCCAACUUGCACAAAA